CGCCGCGACGCGCGCCGAUCGCGCGCUACGCGGCCGCGGCCUCUGCGACUACGUGGCCUGGCGGCGCCUCGCGGAGAUGCGGCGGCGCCAGGGCGUCGCCCCGGGCGCGGCGCUCCGGGUGCUCCACGCGGACACGGAGCGCUGCACGGUCGUCGUGUUCAAGCGGCGCGCAAUGCGCGUCGUCCACGCCCAGCUCGACCUCGGGGCCGUCCGAAGCGCGGCGAUCGUCGCGCGGCGCGCCGCGACGCUGGCCGUCGGCGCGCACUUCGUCGAGCCGCGGCGGACCGAGCUCCGCGCCCUCGCGACCGAGACCGACGCGGCGCUGGCCGGCGUCGUCGUGACGGACGGCGUCUUCCUCGGCGCGGCUGCGGAUCCGGCCGCCGGCGACACGCUGAGCGUCGACCUCGCGCCGCGCGACGCCGCGCGCCUCCGGCUCGCGAGCCGCGCGUUCGACGACGAGAUCGCGCGCGGCGAGGCCAUCGUCCGCAACGUCGUCCCGGCGCUCGCGCGGUCGCCGCUCCGCGCCGACGGCUGCUGGGUGCUCCGGGCCGUCGGCGGCCGCGCCUGCUGGACGCCCGAGGCCUAUGCGGCGCGCGUCGCGUGCGCCGCCACGUCGGGCGCGGCGACGGUCCGCGUCGACCUCGAGCGCGCGUACGACCGCCGCGACUUUUCGCUGCCGCUGAGCACCGAGGCGCGCCACGCCGUCUGUCUCUGUGUCCAGUCACCCUCCACGCCAUCGAGCCGACGUAGCCACCGGGAAAUGACUGGAUCUCCACGCAGGUCAUUCUGGCGCGCCAGGCCUUCGAGCUCGACGCGCGCGCCGAGGCCGCGCUCUUCCCGACGGACAUGGCCCACCGGCGCCGCGCGAUCUGCCUGACGGAGCGCGACCGCGCGACGCUCGAAGACCACGGCGCCCGCGCGCGGGCUACCGUGUCCGUCAUCCUCGUUUCGCUCGACGCUUGAGAUACUUCCUCCCCAUCCCCCCGCCCGGUUCGAACUAACUAAUUUGUCUCGGCGAA